UCCUGUGCUCAAAAUGCUCACAGAGCACCAAGAGCAUGAGCAUGGACAAAGAGCAGCAGACAACGACAGUCUGGAAGAAGGAUGCCGCGACGCAAACGGAGCCGUGGCGUAGGCUAAGCCAGCCACUGGUGGAUCCGGGUCCCCCCCCCUCCCGCCACGCGACCAAGGCAGCCAAAAGGCGCCAACGCAACCAGGAGGCCGCAGAAGAAAGCCCCGUUGCGGCGAGAGGAAAAACCUACAGCGAGGUGCUGGCCCUGGUUACCCGGAGAGAAGACGGUCAGCUUCAGGACCUGAGUACGAGCGUCAACAAGGUCCGCCGUACCGCAAAUGGUAACCUGCUCCUCGAGCUGAACAGAGGCGAUAAAGAAAGCGCAACAAGGAUUAAGGAGAGCCUCGAAUCGGUACUGGAUGGAGUAGCGGAGGUACGAGCCCUUUCCGAAGACACGAGGACGAGGGUGCUAGCGAUCAGCGACCUGGACCCGCUAGUAACCGCGGAGGACCUUGUCAAGGCCUUAGCGGAACAAUUUGCCAUCAAAGCCGACUCGGUGAAUGUGAGAAGCCUACGCCCAUCAUACCGGGACACCCAGACUGCCGUAAUUGGACUGCCGAGCAAGGAUGCUCAAGUGGUCCUCGGCAAGGGCAAGGUCAAGGUGGGAUGGACGGUAUGUAAGAUCAAGGAGAAGGACUCGCAGCCUAGGUGCUACAAGUGCUUGGAGAUUGGGCACAUUGCGCCAAACUGCCAUAGUGCGGUGGACCGAACUGGGUGCUGCAUUCGCUGCGGCGUCGAUGGGCACAAGAUAGCAGACUGUCCAAACAAGGCAACCUGCUUCGUCUGCGCCGGGAAAGGCCGAGAGGACAGAGGCCAUCAAUCGGGAAGCCGGCAGUGUCCCUUCUCGAAGCUAGGAGAGGUAGCCGGAACAAGAGGAUGGAAGUGAUCCAGCUCAAUCUGAAUCACUGUAGGGCCGCACAGGACCUGCUCCUGCAGACGGUGAGAGAACUCAAAUCGGCCCUGGCCAUACUCAGCGAGCCGUACAAAUCAGGUGACAACGAAUCCUGGGCGACCGACA